AACGAAAGACUCCUUUCCAACAAAAUCAUGUAAGCGUGUAGACGGUGUUCGAAGUAAUUCAGAGGAGAAGGAGAAGAGCAAUUGUUCUCUGGGAAGGUCUCCUCAUCAAUGGCGUCGACCAAAUCUAAAACAUCGGGUUCAAAGAAAUUCUCAGAUAACUCAGGUGUUAACAAAAAAGUGUGGUUCUAUUCUUUGUUGCUCACCAUUCAAUAUGGUGCUCAGCCUCUGAUCUCCAAACGUUGUAUCGGUCGAGAAGUGAUUGUGACUUCAUCUGUUUUGGCAUGCGAGAUCGUAAAGGUUAUUUGUGCACUAGCUCUCAUGGCAAAAGAUGGUAGUCUGAAUAAAGCAUUGAAGGAAUGGACUCUGAUUGGCUCGUUAAGUGCAUCAGGAUUACCUGCAGCUAUCUAUGCACUACAAAAUAGCUUGUUGCAGAUUUCAUACAGGAAUCUUGAUUCCCUCACAUUUUCAAUGUUGAACCAGACAAAGUUAAUUUUUACAGCAUUGUUCACAUACAUUAUUUUAAGGCAGAAGCAAUCCAUUCAACAAGUUGGUGCCCUGUUCAUACUUAUCUUAGCGGCUGUUCUUUUAAGUAUUGGGGAAGGCUCGAGAAAAGAUUAUGGAAGUGAUAACCCUGAUAAGAUUGUUCUCUAUGGAAUUGUUCCGGUCUUGAUAGCUUCUGUACUUUCAGGUCUUGCCUCUGCCUUGUGUCAAUGGGCAUCUCAGGUUAAGAAACACUCAUCAUAUUUGAUGACGGUAGAAAUGUCAAUAGUUGGGAGCCUUUGCUUGCUGGCAAGUACUUCCAAGUCUCCAGAUGGCCAAGCAAUGAGACAGCAUGGGUUCUUCUAUGGGUGGACACCACUUACAGCGAUCCCUGUUGUGAUCAAUGCUGUUGGCGGGAUUCUUGUGGGUCUGGUGACAUCAUAUGCUGGUGGCGUACGAAAGGGGUUCGUCAUUGUCUCCGCCCUCCUGGUUACCGCCUUGUUGCAAUUUGUGUUCGAUGGAAAACCACCUUCGUUGUUCUGUCUCUUGGCCCUUCCGCUCGUGAUGACCAGCAUUUCAAUAUAUCAAAAGUACCCGUAUCGCGUCAAAAAGAAAGAAGCGUAGACUACAGUAGUCUCGAAACAGAUGAGGCGGAGUACAUUUUCCCUAACCAGGUAUCACUGCAUCUUCUGUCGUUCGUAAUAGCCAAGUUUCUUGAUCACUCUACAAUCGCUUACACUUUCUGAUUUACAGUUCAUGUUAUUUUCGAUCUUUUUCAUAUUCUUUUAACUGUCGAAUCGCAUUAUUUCUCGACAUGUAUAAUAUGUCGUCGAAUUAACCCAGAAACCAUACUGAAUACUUGCAUAUGUGAUUGUUUGUCUAACCAUUACUUGUAUUGAUCUAAAACAAAAAAACUAGUCAUUGUCCAUUUGGUC